UUUAAAAGGGUGGGAAGGAGUGUCCAUAAAAGGAAACGGAUGUGUAUCUGUGCUGCACUGAAAUCAAGAGAAUCCAAGUUGGUGGGAAGAACUACUACCCUUACCUUUGAACCAACUCGAUCUCUUGCAAACAAACAAAGAAAGGACUGCCUCAACCCAAAAGGAAAAGAGAAAAACCCACAAAGAAAGAAGCACUGCAAAAGGUUACAGAGGCUCGGAUAGCUGAAUCUAUUUGUUUCUGAAACAGUUCGAAUUAACUUGGAGUUAUCAAUAAAAGAUAUUCAGAUCAUUAGGAAUUUGAUAUCAUGGCGGAGAAUGGUGCUUUGCAGCUAACCGAGAGAAAAUGGAAGAUACCACUCCUGGUUUUCUUUAGGGAUGCAAGACUUGUUUUCAAGACGGACGAACUUGGUUUGGAGAUAUUAAGGAUUGCAGUACCUGCUGCGAUGGCUCUAGCUGCUGAUCCCGUUGCUUCAUUGAUUGACACUGCAUUCAUUGGCCAUCUAGGACCGGUGGAAAUAGCUGCUGUAGGAGUUUCUAUUGCGAUAUUCAAUCAGGCAUCAAAGGUUACCAUAUUCCCAUUGGUUAGUAUAACAACUUCUUUUGUUGCUGAAGAAGAUACCUUCCAAAGGAUAACCAAUGAAUCACAAAACGGAGAGGGCUCGGAGAAGGAUCUACCUAAAACCCGUGAUAUAAAAGAGGUGGUGCCCGAGGAUGUCAUGCUUGAGAACCUGGAGAAAGGAUCAGCAACAGACAGUGAAAAGAAAGAUUCAAUUCCAGGGGAUGCCAACUGUAAGGCAACCACUUGCAAGUCUCCCAGUUUUUUUGAAGGCAAAAGUAUCAAGGACGAACAGAAAAAUAAUAAGGGUAGGAGACACAUACCUUCAGCUUCAACAGCACUAAUUGUUGGAGGAAUUCUUGGCCUUGUGCAAGCUAUAUUCCUCAUAUUCUGUGCAAAACCUCUCCUGAGCAUCAUGGGUGUGAAAUCUGGUUCCCCCAUGCUUACCCCAGCUAGGAAGUACUUGACAUUAAGAGCACUAGGCUCUCCUGCAGUCCUACUGUCUCUUGCUAUGCAAGGAGUUUUUAGAGGAUUUAAAGAUACAAAAACUCCUUUAUAUGCCACGGUUGCUGGAGAUUUAGCAAAUAUCAUUUUAGAUCCAAUCUUUAUCUUUACCUGCCGGUUGGGAGUCAGUGGUGCAGCCAUUGCACACGUUCUUUCUCAGUACUUGAUUUCGUUAAUCCUCUUGUGGAGGUUGAUGAAAAAUGUUGAUCUCUUACCACCAAGUCCUAAAGAUUUGCAAUUCGGCCGAUUCCUCAAAAAUGGUUUUCUGUUGUUAGCAAGAGUUAUAGCAGCAACAAUCUGUGUCACGUUGGCAGCAUCAAGGGCCGCAAGGCUAGGUUCGACGCGUAUGGCUGCAUUUCAGAUCUGCUUACAGGUCUGGUUGACAUCAUCACUUCUUGCUGAUGGCUUAGCUGUUGCUGGACAGGCAAUUAUAGCUUGUGCAUUUGCUGAGAAGGACUAUCAGAAGGCAACAACCGCAGCAACUCGGGUUCUACAGAUGAGUUUUGUUCUUGGCCUGGGGUUAGCUGCAGUUGUUGGAAUAGGACUCCACUUUGGUGAUGGAAUUUUUUCAAAAGAUCCUAAUGUUCUUGACAUUAUAAGCAUAGGCAUUCCAUUUGUUGCAGCUACACAACCUAUUAACUCAAUAGCCUUUGUAUUCGAUGGUGUAAACUUCGGAGCUUCUGAUUUUGCAUAUUCUGCAUAUUCAAUGGUUCUUGUAGCUGUAGCAAGCAUUGCAGCGAUUUUUGUACUAUCUAAAACUGGUGGUUUUGUUGGUAUAUGGAUUGCUCUAACCAUCUUUAUGGGGCUACGUACAUUUGCUGGUGUAUGGAGGAUGGGGACAGGGACUGGACCUUGGAAUUUUCUCAGAGGCAAAUUGUUGCCGUAGGGAUAUAUGUACCUUGGGAUGUUCUCAACAAUUAAUAUAGUUAUAUAUUGGCAAUUUUUGCCUUGCACCCUUUUUGUCUCUACAUAUUAGAUAUGUUUUCGAAACAUAUACUGCUAAAUUCAGUUCUUUUCAUGUUUGUAUUUUGGCUUUAUACCUCUUUCCUUUUCCUUUCAGAUAAGCAGCUACAUUUUGUACUAUAUGUGUACUUCCUAUCUAAAUGGUGAACUUAGGCACACUUUUAUUUGCCUACUACUUUCCCUACUCUCUUAUAUAAGUUUGCACUUUCUCUUGAA